UUCGAGACAGAGAAAAUUUGCUUGAACGUCAUCUUCAAGUCAAGUUUAAAAUUAUAAAAUGUCUGGUCGUGGAAAGUCCGGAAAGGCAAGGGCGAAGUCCAAGACUCGUUCGUCCCGUGCAGGGCUGCAGUUCCCAGUUGGUCGGGUUCACAGGCUUCUCCGCAAAGGCAACUACGCCGAGCGUAUCGGCGCCGGCGCUCCGGUCUACCUGGCGGCCGUGCUCGAGUACUUGACAGCUGAGAUUUUGGAGCUGGCCGGAAACGCUGCUCGCGACAACAAGAAGACCAGAAUCAUCCCACGCCAUUUGCAGCUGGCUGUCCGCAAUGACGAGGAGCUCAACAAACUUCUAGGCGGUGUCACUAUCGCUCAGGGCGGCGUGUUGCCCAACAUCCAGGCGGUUCUGCUGCCCAAGAAGACCGAGAAGGCCAUCAAGCCCAAUACUCCGAGGAAAAGAUUCUCUUUCCUGAAGACUUCCAUUUACAUGAAAAAAUGUUACGGAAGCAGCAGAUCAAGUACAGAAGCCCAGAUUCCCCCGUCCCCAGCCACUUCACCCAACUCUUCCGAGGAUGAAUACUGAGGUGUUCCCAGGUCUGCUGGGGGAUGUAACCUCUCCAGUGUUUCCUGGAUUGUCCCCGGCCGGGUUCUCCUUCCUCCGGGAUGUUCCCGGAACACCUCACCAGGGAGGUCUCCUGACCGGAUACCCGAGCCACCUCAUCUUACUCUUCUCUAAGGGAGAGCCCGGACACCUUUCGGAGGAAACUCAUUUCGGCCGCUCGUAUCCACGAUCUUGUUCUUUUGGUCACGAUCUAGGGAUCUGGGGAUCGUGUCCAUAGCGGAGAGUAGGAACGUAGACCGACCGGUAAAUUUAGAGCUUCUGAGACCGUCUGACUGAUGCUCAUUGCACUUUUCUUGUCUUACAU